AUGCUUCCCGAAGAAGGGUUAGCGCUAGAAGAUGGAAAUUUUGAAGCCAAUGAAAAAGUCUUCAAGGCGAUCAUGGGGCCAGAACACCCAGUGAGGGUACGAACACAAGAUUUUGGGGAUAUUCCAAGUAGAUAUUUUCCUCAUAGCACCACGGAUCCAGGAAGUAGUAGUCGAGGCAAUACUAUAUUUGAUCGAGUUGUAAGACUUGAGGAGGUGGUGCAAACAUUGCAAAGUGAGAUGAAACAAUUCAUGAAUAAUUACCAGGGACAGCAUUUGCCACCAAGAAGUUCAAAUAUGCAUGCUAGAAGUAAUGUGGCGAAGAUUGAGUUGAGGAAGCCAUAUCUUGGUUUAGUUGGAGAUGCUGCUACAGUUCUGGACUUGAUCAACAGGGAGAUCAAGGAUGAUCCUUUCUUCUUGGGGAAGUCGAAUCCUUGGGUAGCUGCUAUUUCCAAAAAGGCAAAGGAUAAUGUGGUGAAGAUGGAAAUACAGUUGGCUAAGGACGUAGUUCCAUUUAACUUCCUUACACCCAUGCGGAUAAUAAGGGAUGCAAUUCUUGCGCAAGGAAGCCCAGCUCCAAUAUUGGUAUCGGAAGGUGCGAACACUAUGGAUGUUGGAAGAGCUGUGCUGGGACAUACUGAGCUGAGGACACGGCUAGACGCAGGGACAUGGGGAACGAUGGGUGUUGGCUUGGGUUACUGCAUUGCUGCUGCAGUAGCUUCACCUGACAGGUUGGUGGUUGCUGUUGAAGGAGACUCAAGUUUUGGAUUCAGUGCGAUGGAAGUUGAGAUACGAGGCAAUCUAUACCCUAUUGCAUCAAGCAGGUUGAACACCUUCUCGGCAUAUAUAUCUUGUAGUUUUGAGCAAUCGGUUCAGUAUACUUCUUUGAGAAUUAAUGAUUCUACCCUCCCACUUUCAAUGACGAUCGAUAUAAUGUACGAGCAUGUGAAGAAUGUGGCCGUUAGCUUGCUGGGUCUGAAGAACUAUAAGGAUGUUCCUCCAAUGAUGGGUGCAGAAGACUACUUCUACUCAAAGAUUGUACCUACUGCCUUCUAUUACAGAGGCGUUAGAAUUGUGGAUAUUAUUCAAUUGUACGAAUAA